AUAUGAGUCUUAACCUAUGUUUUAGCUUCAGUUGCCUUAUUAUAUGAGUCUUAACCAGGAGGUUAAACCAAUUUUUGUCCGAUUGAUUUCCAUCAGCUCGGUCUGGUCUAAAAGGUUCAUGAAACUCGGAGUACUAAACAGUACGGUAUGAGCGACCGUAGGUGAUCAUGCUCUGUUGUGCGGUGGGACCCGCGAAUUUAAUGUUCACUUAAUCCAAUUCCAAAACGAUAAUUCGCUAAGAACUAGUAUAAAGCUGAAAAUAUUUUAAUGUUGCCUUCGUCUCUAAUCCCUGUCUCUAUACGCCACUGUGUUUCUCUUUCACUCUCUCUCUUUCUCUCUGAGCUUUUUGAAUCUUUUAAAAGAUUUUUUUGUUUUGCUGCUUUUUCUCAUGAGGUCUUUUUGGGUUUUCCUAUUUCCGGACCUAAUCUUUACAGUAACCCAUUAACUUUAACUAAAGCUCUUUUUUUUUUUUUAUCUUCACUCUCUCUCUACUCUUCAUACCGAACCAGUGAAAUGCUUGUCGGUGCGUGGUGAUGCUCUAACGAAGCUAUUUUGGUUGCUGGGUCUGCGUUGUUCCGCCGGAAAAUUCUGCGGUUUAUAGGUUUUUUGGGAUCCGAUUUGAGGAUAUGUACUAGACUAAUGGUUGUUGGGUAAUUUAGGGUUUUGUAUUCUGUGAAGCAACAAUUGAUUGCUGAAGAGAGAGGAAGGAAGGAAGAUUCUGUUUUUUUUUUCUUUUCUUUUUGUAUGGAUCAGCUCCCGAACCUUUUGUAAAAUCUAGUAAUUUGAUUAUCAGAUCAAAGCAAUGGCUGAGAAGUUAGCUUUUUUCGAGAUUUCAGACUCUCUCUUCUAACGGAUAUCAAUAUAUCUGAGCGUUGGAGUAAGUUUAGGGUUUGAAGAUUUUGUUGAGUUAUGGAGGAUAUAGGAUUGGUUAAGCAAGGUUGGAACUGGUUGCAGUCUCAAAAACAUUUGUGCUCAUGGAUUUGCGCUGCAAUGCGAUGUUUCGAGGGAAAGACAGAAGCUCUCGUAGAGCGUCACUGGCCUCUAGUGUGCAGUGGAUGUGAGAAGCUAUUAGGGUUGCUUAGUUUAUCGUUUGUUUACUGGAAAGACUGCAUUUUGAGGGGUUUCCACUCCAGUGCCAAAUUUGGUUCAGCUGCUUUGCUCCUGAUAAUGUGGAGUUGCUUCCUUAGCCUGACUUCAGUAUCUUGCUUGAUUUAUGUUCUGCUCGGCAUGGCAGCUGCUGGUGCUGCUGUCAUGUACUUAGGUUGCACUCCUGGGAUCUUCAUUGUAGGACUAUUUGGAAUUCUAAUUUUGUGGAUGUACGCUAACUUUUGGAUCACUGGAACAUUAUUUAUAGUUGCAGGUUAUUUGUUCUCCCUAAAUCACGCGCGGGUGGUGGUUCUUAUGGCGACGGUAUACGCCAUUUAUUGUGUCAAAGUCAGACUUGGAUGGCCUGGUGUUAUUCUCUCGAUGAAUCUUGCAUUCUUGUCCAACGAUAUAAUUAUUUGUCUUCUUCAAUGGUGUGAUAGUGUUAGUGAAAAAACACAACCAGAGGAGCCAAAGAAACCUAAAACUGUAACAGAAGAAGAGUUUCCAGGAGAGUUUGGUUAUUCUUCUGUUCCCGUUGAAGAACCAGAGAAAAAGGUUCAUGAGAAUAAGUCGGCGAAUAAGCCAGCUUCUCCAUCAACUGUUGUUAGUAACUUGAAGGAGGUUUCUAGUGUUAAGGUAGUCAAUAUAGAAACAGAUUCAGCUGAUGAGAUGAAAAGAAUACUGAAUAGUUUGAAUCACUAUGAAGCAUUGGGAUUCCCUCGGCAUAAAACGAUUGAUGCCGCAGUGCUUAAAAAAGAGUAUAGAAAGAAGGCAAUGCUGGUUCAUCCGGAUAAAAAUAAGGGAAGUCCUUUGGCAAGUGAAUCAUUCAAGAAACUUCAAUGUGCUUAUGAGGUUCUCUCUGAUUCUGUUAAGAGAAGAGAUUACGAUGAGCAGUUAAAGAAAGAAGAAUCUAGGACCAGGAGUGUCUGUCAGACAUCGCAUGCUUCUUCGCAUCAGAAUAGUCCCGGUUACCGAUCAGAAGAGUCAAGGCGCAUACACUGUACGAAGUGCGGUAAUUCACACAUCUGGGUAUGUACCAACAGGAGUAAGGCAAAGGCCAGAUGGUGUCAGGAUUGUGGUCAAUAUCAUCAAGCCAAAGAUGGUGAUGGAUGGGUUGAACACAAAGGGACUCUGGUAUUCGAGAAAGCACAUAAGAUUGAAAUACCACGAGCUUUUGUCUGUGCGGAGAGCAAGAUCUUUGAUGUCUCAGAAUGGGCUAUUUGUCAGGGAAUGGCGUGUAGACCAAACACACAUAGACCAAGUUUCCAUGUGAACAUGGUUGGUUUGGAAAAGACAACGCAGAGAUCAAACUCGAGUAGGUUCCCGUGGGAUCUUGAUGUGGAGAUGAUGGACGAGGAUGAGGAAGAGUUUGAGUUAUGGCUUCAACAAGCUAUGGCUUCUGGCCUCUUCUGUGAGACAUCAAAGCGCAGAAAAAGCUGGAGCCCUUUCAAGUUAACCAAGAAACAAUCGCGAAGAACAUCGACUUGACCUGACAACACAUCAACGACAAUGGCAAGAUCAACAAUGACUCUAUGCCUUGUUCUGUUUUUUUUUUUUUUUCCGAUAGUGGAAAACAAGCGAAAAUAUGAACGAAGAGCCUGAAAGAAAACAACUUUACAAGGUGCUAAUGAAGAAGAAAGGGACAUGGAAGCUUGAAAGGAACGUUGACUUACAAUUUUGAACCCCUUCUCUGUAAAUAAGAUCUUUGGAUUUUGUGAACUUUGAAGUGAAGUUAUGGUUUUUCUCUGAGAAACCAAAACCCA